AUGGUGAAAUGUGUUGUACAGUCGUGCAAAAACGAUACUCGAAAACACAAUAAACAGAAAUCUAACAUCACAUUCCAUCGGUUUCCGAAAGAUCCUAUAAUUAUGAAAAAAUGGGUCAACGCCUUAAAGAAGUCCGAAUGGGAACCAAACAUUUGGACCAGAAUAUGUUCACUACAUUUUGCCGAGCGUUUUAUGUACGAAACCAAAAGUGGACUUCGAAGGUUAGUGAAUAAUGCUGUACCUUCACUCUUUCUUCAUUCAAGUAAUGAGUAUUCUGGCUAUCAGGCGUUUCCGGCUGUUCCUUCAACUUCACAGAAUGUAGUACAAGCAGUAGAACAUAUGUCAACGUCCACUAACCAACAAAUACGCCCUGACCUGAAUAUCCCUGACACUCCAAGAAAGCAAAGGCUGAAACAACGAAUAAUUCAUUUGGAGGAUAUAGCAAAACGCCGCCGUUUACGGUGUAAUGCAUUGUAUGCAUCACGUAGACGUUUAAAGAAGAAGGUGAAGGACGUAUCUCGAAUGUUAAGUGAACUAAAAGAUAAAAGAUUAAUUAAUCAAGAAGAAGUCAACCUUCUCGAAGUCUGUAAUGUAUCUGCAGCAGCACUUAUCAAGAGAAUGUUAAACUGUCACGAUGCCGGGAUUGAAGUGGCGUCAAUGACGUUUGACGGUUGUCCAUCAAACAUCGCCAUGUCUCGGGAGCUUGGUUGUUUAUUUGAACACCAAUACCAAGGUCAACUAAAAACCAGCUUUCCACACCCUACAACCAGCGAACCAGUUUCAAUAUUUCUGGAUCCCUGUCAUAUGAUAAAGCUUAUUAGAAAUACUUUAGAAAAUAAAAAAGUACUUCAAGAUAGCAAUGGAGGUUUUAUUAAAUGGCAAUACUUCGCAGAUUUAAAUACCCUUAAAAAAAAGGAAAUGUUUCAUCUUGCAAAUAAAUUAACUACACGACACAUCGAUUUCAAAAAUCAAAAGAUGAAGGUGAAGUUAGCUGUUCAAUUACUAAGCGGUAGUGUUGCGAGAGCUAUAGAAUAUUGCGAUAAAGAAUUACACAUUUUGAAUUUUAAAAACUCUGAAGCAACAGUUCAAUUUAUAAAUACUAUAAAUAAUCUUUUUGAUAUAAUGAAUUCCAGGAAAUUUCCCGGAAUAGACUUUAAAGCGCCAAUAAAUGAGAAAAAUGAAACUAAAUAUUUGACAUUUCUUGAAAAAACAGAGGUAUAUUUGAAACAUCUAGCGGUUCCCGGAGACGAGCAGAAAUUGAUAAAUUCAAGAAAUAAAACAGGUUUUUUAGGAAUGUGUGUAUGCAUGAACAGCUUGAAGGAUUUGUAUCAGAGGCUGGUAAAAGAAGAAAAAAUAUUAAAAUUUAUACCCAUGUACAAAGUUAGUCAAGAUCACCUGGAGAUCUUUUUUUCUGUAGUCCGAUCUCAUGGUGGUUUCAAUAAUAAUCCGUCAGCACUACAAUUCAAAGCUAUUUAUAAGAAACUGCUUGUUCACAUGGAACUCAAACAAAGUUUUAAAGGAAAUUGUGUUCCUCUGGAGCACAUUACUUUAUUGACUUGUUCAUCCUCGGCUGAUCACAUAAAUUUGACUACAAAAGGAUACAGAUCAAAUUCACAGAUUGAUAUGGUUAAUGUACAAUCAUUGGCUAACUUUGAGGAAGAGCCAGCAAAUUUCUCAAUUGAUUUAACAAAAGUCUCGCAACAAGUUGUGUCAUAUAUUGCUGGAUAUGUAGUCAGAUACUUGUUAUUAAAAUUGGAUUGCACCGAUUGUAUCCAGGCCCUAGUCGCGUCAAAAACCCAGUCGCACCAUAGUUUUAUCGUAUUCAAAGACAGAGGUGGUCUCGUCUACCCAUCCGAGGACGUAGUCAAAAUUUGUAAUACCACUGAAUCUGUUGUAAAAAGCAACAUUGACGCAAAAAAGCCUAUUGAUCGCGAUCCUAAAAGUAUGGUGAUGAAAGCACUGAAGUUAUUUAUCGGUUCUGAUGUUUUCAACGUUCUCUAUGGUCACUCGUUCGAACAAGAAGCAUGCAGCAAUCAUCUUGUACACCUACUGCGGGCUGUGAUUCAAAAAUACGUUGAUAUACGUGUAAAGUAUUUUCUAAAAUCAAACAUGACUGAAACCAAACGACAGCUCUACAAUAAGCUUACACUUUUUAAGGGUCAAUAA